CUUUUAAGUAUACAUGAAUUAAGAAAUAUGGAUUUUCAAUGUUUAUCAGUUUCUGAUUUUGGAAAAAUAUGUCGGAUUUGUAUGAAAUUUGCUGAUACGUUUUUAGCCAUUACUUCGUUUGAAAUAAUUAAUAUGAUUUCGUCAUGUUCUUCAGUACAGAUAUGGGAAAAUGAUGGUUUACCCAAUCAAAUAUGUAAAACUUGUUUCCUACAAUUACAAAACUCCAUUAACUUCAAAUUAUUAUGUGAAACAUCUGAUACCACUUUCCGCCAAAUUAUUGAACAAAAUCAAAUAAAACUUGAAACUGAUAUAACCGACGAUGCUAUAAAAAAUGAAGAAAUUGAAAAUCUAUCAUCAUUCAAUGAUUUAUCAUCAAAUGUAAUAAAAUCAGAUGAUAUUGAAGUGAAGUUCGAGGAUGAUUUUAACGAUAAUGAAUCAUUGUCUUCAUCAUUAUCAGAGAAAUUAAGUAACAAUGAGCAUGAUAUUGAAGGAGAAGUAUUGGAAACAUUAACUUGUGAAAAAUGUAGUAAAGAAUUUAAAAAAGCUUGGGUGCUAGGUCAACACAUGCAUCGGGCACAUAGGGCAAAAGGAUUAAAAUGUAGUAAAUGUGAAAUGAAAUGUUAUCAUGUAUUACAUUUAAAAGAACACGAUGAGUUAACGCACAAUCCAUUAAAUCAUACAUGUGAUGUAUGUAAAAAAAGAUUCACAAAUAUUUAUCAAUUAAAACGACAUAAAUUUAGACACUCAGGUCGUUUACUUAAUUGCCAACAAUGUGAUAAAUCAUUUAAAGAUAAAUGGGCAUUGAAAAGACAUAAAAAGGAGAUGCAUUCUCACAUCGAGAAAAAUGCUGCAUGCCAUGUUUGUGGAAAAUCUGUAUCGAAAAAAAAUCUUUCAAGUCAUAUGCAAAUACAUAAAAGUGAACGUCAUAAACUUACGUGUGAAAUAUGUCUAAAAACAUUUUUGCAUCGACAAUCUUUAGAAGAUCAUGUAAAAAUUAAACACAAUAAUCAAAUACCUAAACAUAAUUAUUUAUGUAACGUUUGUGGAAUUGCAUCACGUUCACCAGCUGCAUUACGACGACACACAUUAUCACACACAAAAGAGCAAGCCUAUGCUUGUGAUCAUUGUGAUAAAACAUAUCGUCGUCAAGAUGCAUUAAAAAAGCAUGUUUCACGUGCCCAUUUGGAUGAACGUAAAUAUGUUUGUACAUUUUGUUCAAAAGCAUUUUAUGAAAAUUCCAUUUUAUUGAAUCAUGUACGAAGACAUACUGGUGAACGACCUUUUAAAUGUCAUGUAUGCGAUAAAACGUUCAUUCAAAAAGUAGCGUUAACAAUACAUAUGAAGACGCAUACAAAUUCAACAUAAAAUGAGAUGAAACGAAACAAUACGUGUUUAACGACAGGAGCGAUAAUUUUGGUUAUAACUAUGGGUAUUGGCGGAGCAAGAGUUAAAUUUGAUGAAGGCAGAGUAUAUUUUGCGUGGCCUUCUAUUGGCAAUUGGAGCACGAUGACGAAUUUCAUAAAAUUAAAAUAAAGAACACUUUGAAAUCA